GGUAGCGAUGACUGAUUAGUGAAUGAAAGUAUUCAGGUCGGGCUGUUAUCGAUCUUGGUUCGCCAACCGCCCUCGGGUGCAAUCUCUCUUCCCUCGUAAUCCUCCGCUGCUACCUAUCUUCAGGCUAGCUGGUUUAAAUUGGCGCCCUCCAGGUGAAAUAGAAUGGAUAAAUUGAGGGAAUUUGGGAGAAAAGCAUUGUUCUAUGUAAGGGUUCUCUCCGGAUAUGAAGAACGUAGAAUUCGAAACCAUAGAUUGCAGCUCGAGAAACGUCUGCAACAGGCACAAGAAAGGAAAGCUGCCUUAAGAAAGAUUCCUGAGCAGACUGUAUUAACAGAGGUUAGACGUAUGGUUGAGGAUAUGCAAGCUCUAAAUAGAAGGCUUGAAGAAACAGAAGCUGCCAUUGAAGAAUUCUUCAAACCAAUAGACAAAGAAGCUGAGACGAUAAUGAAAAUCCAGCUUGAAGGAGAAGAGAAGACAAUGAAACAGAUGGUGGCAACAAUGCAGAAACAGGCCUUGCUUGAGAAAGUUGAAGCUGAGAAAAUUGCAAAAACGCAUCAACCAGACCCAAACCAAAGUAACCAGGAUGCUACCUCCAGCAGCAGUCAACAUGCUCAAAUAAGAUAAUAAUCGAAAUUGAUACCAUGAGUGCUUUAAUUUUUUGUUUCUCCUCUUUGGGUUUGUAUGUACGUGCAUUGAGAGAUAAGUUUGAAUAAUUGAUUCUCUCAAUAAGAAAUGUUGAAACCAACCAAAGUCUGAAUUUUGUCAUACAAGCUGGAGUUGUUAUUAUUGCUUAAUUGUACUAAUGAUCCUAUAGGAUGGAUAAUUUUCCAUGGGAUGAGCUUAAUUGUUAAAAUAUUUGGUUUGGACACAACCACACAACACCGGUAUCUUUAAGACAAGAGGUUUAACGCUUAAUAAAGCAUACAAGGGGGAU